GGUUGUAAAGCCUUUGUGGAGCCACUGAAGAAAUAUUGUCCACAUCACUUGAAAGACAUAAGCAAUGACUACUUUACCAAUAUAACGUGUCUGGUAUACUCAUAUGAUGGAACAGAGCUGUUAGUCAGUUAUAAUGACGAAGAUAUUUACCUCUUCGACACAUAUUCAAGUAGUGAAGCUGAGUACAUCAGGAGAUACACUGGUCAUCGAAACAAUGCAACAGUAAAAGGAGUAAACUUUUUUGGACCAAGAAGCGAAUUUGUUGUUAGUGGAAGUGACUGUGGACACGUUUUUCUUUGGGACAAAGAAACGGAGAAUGUUGCAAACUACAUGAAAGGCGAUCAAACAGGAGUGGUGAACUGUCUUGAACCACACCCUUUGGCUUCUAUCUUGGCCACCAGUGGCCUGGAUCACAAUGUCAAGAUUUGGGCGCCACUUGCAUCGGAGCCAAAUGAUCUAUCGAAUCUCAAAGAAGUCAUCGAUGCUAAUAAUAGUGAACGUGAAGAUGAUAGAUCAAGACCACACGACCCAAUUAGUGAACAUCUAAUUUACCUAAUGRUGAAUCAUGUACAUCAGAGUUUAGGAGGAAGAAUUGCAGGAGGUGAAGGGGACAGCGACAGCAUUGAUUUUAGUGGAGACGUAGAUGAUGAUGGGGAUGACAAUGAAAAUAACGACAAUGAUGAUGAUGAUGAAUCUCCAGGAAGAGUACAAUGUACAUCAUCUUAAAGCAUAUGCUCUUUUAUAUAAUCUUGUUACAUUACUGUAAAUAUGUUAUACUAAAAAUAUAUUUAUGUACAUGUAAACCAUGUAAUAUAUAUCUCUUCUUUUCGUUUGAAAAGAGCAUCCCAAAGUCAACAACUUCUUGAAGCAAAGUAGACUUGCUUUCAUUAAAACAUAUCAGGCUCUCUCAAAAUAGAUUGUUUAGGAGCGACAACGGAAAGAGCCUGACACAUCUCUUUUGUCUGCUGGUUGCCGAAAGCAUUUUCAAAUAUUUGUUGACUAGGGCGAAUAUUCCAUAGGUUUUUGUCAAAAUAAUUGGUGAAUUGUCUAAAGAACUUGCCUAAAUUAA